AUGGGAGGUGUUAGAGCCAUCCGCUUUCCCCCAGUCAAGGGAAAUGCAGUAUUCCACAUAACGAGCACCAUGUUACAACUCUUGCAACUAAAUGGACUUUUCAACCGACUGGUUCAUGAGGAUUCUCAUGAGCAUCUUCGAAACUUUGUAGAUGUAUGCAGACCAUUCUCAUUCAAAAACAUCUCUCAGGAGUCGGUCCGGUUGAGGCUAUUCCAUUUCUCAUUGAUGGGAGAAGCGUGCAAGUGGCUAACCGAGCUACCACGUGAAUCCAUUACUUCUUGGGAGGAACUGGUAACCGCAUUUCAAGUGCGAUUUUUCCCUCCCUCGAAGAUGUUGUCACUGAGGGAUAGCAUCCAGAGCUUUAAACGUCUAGAAGGAGAGCCUCUGCACGAAACUUGGCUAUGGUUUAAAAAAUUGGUGCCUAAAUUCCCGACUCAUGGUCUGCCCGAUAAUAUCUUGCUACAGUACUUUUACCGAAGCCUGGAUUCGGUGAAUAAAGUUGUCGCUGAUCAACUUUCACCUGGAGGACUGAUGCAGCAACCGUAUGCAGUAGCAAUCCAACUUUUAGAUGGCAUGACGGCCAUCAAUUGGGCAUGGUACACCCGUGAAGACCAAGUCUCCCCUCUCACAUUCAAGCUAUCCAAGGAGCAGAUGGACAAAGAUAAUGAGAGAGACCAAAACAUGACCAAAAUCAUGACACAUCUUGAUAUUUUAUCCAAAAAUGUCAUGGGGGCUAGUGCACGUGGAGCCAAUGUUGUGGGGGUGAAAGUGUGGAAUUUGAAUGAGAAGUACAGUUUGGCAAACGGAAGACCUGCUGAAAAUUUUGGCGAGAAGCACGGGAUCGCCAAGUGCACUCGGCGACUCGCCGAAUGUCAUCUUAAUCGCCCUUUGUCUGCACCCCUAACCCUUCAACACUGUGACCUUCGGUGGACUAAACGUGGCUCGUCAAAGCUAUUCAGCGACAUGCCGAAUGGAAUGACCACCUUCCUACAACUGAAUAUCUCUGCUUAG